AUGGCGCACGACCGCGCGGCCGCAGUGACCGCCGCCUCGGCGCGCGCAGGGCCACCGCUGCUCGUGGCGCGCAACCUGCUGCCGUCCUCCGCCAGCGUCAACAGCAGCAGCCACGCGAGCAUCAGCGCCAGCACCACGAGCGUCCUGAGCUCGUCCUCGUCCUCCUCGGCGACGACCGUCGUGAGCGCCCGCAGCACGCGGCGGCGGGACCGCAAGACCGUGGGGGACGACCGCGUGACGGCCACGUCCUCCUCCACGCUGUCCACCACGUCGUCGGUGGACGCUUCGUCCUCCGUGUCCACUGCGGAGGCCGAGGCGCGCCGCGGCAGACGCCACACGCACCACAGCCAGCCCGACCACGACCCCAAGGGCGCGCGGCGGCGCGGCGCGUCGUCUCCGUACCGCCACCACACGCACAGCCACCACAGACGCCAACCCGCAGCAGAUUCAGCGGUGCCGGAUGCUAACGCCGACAUUGGACCGGAGAAGUUCGCGUCCAAAGUGUUCGCCAAGACGCACAGCUCCAAGAAGGAGGCGGCGAUGAUGGCGACGGCAACGGAGGCGCCUCCGUCUCCGGAACAGGACUCGUCGUCGUCUUCGGGCGGACAGGGAAGUGAUAAGGAGGACACGGCAGCACUUGCCAACGAUCAGCAGAGACAGCAGCAAGUUUCCAUGAAGCCGUCGCGCAUGGUCGUGAAGCGACGAGCUACAGCGCCGACGAGCAAUAACAGCGCGAGGAGGACGUCGACUGGACCGACGCCCGUGCCGUCGUCGUCGGCGAGACAGCCUUCUAGGAGCGUGGGGAAGCCAGCGUCCACUAGCAGUCCGAAGGUCGGGUCCGGUAGUCCGCGGGUCGGUACCAGCAGCAGUCCCGGGGGUGUUACGAGAAGCUUGGAGAAGUGGCAGCUUCGCUUGAAGCGGUCGAUUUCGGGGAACUCGAGUGGCACAGAUGAUGAACGCCAUGGACGGGAGCCGACUUCGUCGCGGAGGUUAUACAGCAACCACCGCAGUCGUCAGCUGAUGGAGAGUCCACCCCCGCCCGGGCAGGUUGCAGCUACGAGUCGAAGACGCGAUAGUGACUCGCCUUUGACGGAUCAGGAACGAUCACGAGCACGCAGUACGUCACGCGGGUCAAGGCACGCGGCGUCACCUGGACUUAGUGGGGGAUUACCGCCUCCGCCACCGCCUUUAUCAUUAUCGCCGGAGACCCAGGGUGGCUGCACUACUCCUCGCUCACAGGCUCGCAAGGUAGUACAGUCUGAUGAUGAAGCUGGUGAAGAUGUGGAUGAAGCUGCACCGAAGCCUCGCCCUGUUCGCAUUCGCUAUGAGACCCCAGAGCGCGGGAUGGGUGGCAAGCGGGAGAUUUCUCACGCAUCACUGGGCAAACUUAUUGCGCGCCUCACUGAUGCUCACCAGUAUGAUACAGAGUUCCGCGAUGUAUUCCUGCUCACGUUUCGCUCUUUCUGCUCGCCUUACGACUUCAUUAAGAAGCUGCUGAAACGAUAUACAGCCGUGCUUUCACUGUGUGGAGGCGUGGAUGCCGAGACAAUUGAAGAAACGCAGCGGUUACUGGACCAAAUCACGAUGGAAGAGGAGAGCGAACAGCGCUCGUCAAAUUUAACGUCAAUUUCGACAGCGCGAUCCGAUAUCAACACAGGAAUGGAGGCCAACGUGUCGAUUAUGCGGUUGCUAAGCGUUCUCAAGUUCUGGAUCAAGGAGAGUGGGUUCAUUGACCAGGAUUUGGCCAACGACCGCAAGGCGCAGAAGAAGCUCAUGAGUUUUCUUAGUGAGAUCCAAAACACGUCCCCGAUCCCUUCCAUUCGACGACACGCUGAAAAUUUGCUGCUCACGGUAGUACAAUUGCUGUCGACGCAGAAGCAGCAAGCUCAACAGCAGGCACAGCUAGCCCAAGCACAAACCCAACAAGCGCAAGCUCAAGCACAAGCCCAGGCACAAGCCCAAUCUCAAAGGUCCCCCGCGAAAAUACCCCCUCCUCCUGCAUUAGUGACUUCUUCUUCGGCAUCGGCGCUACCUGAUAGAACGUUCUCCAAAGCGUAUGAAGUUGCCCAGCCUGCCCAGAGUGCAGCAGCCUUAGCUAUGGCUCACCAGCUGAGUGACCGUGGAGCUUCGCACUCACGAAUGCGCUCGCAGGCUGCGACAAAACUUGCUUUGAAUCGGUCUUCAUCCGAUCCCAAGCGCGAGCGUUCCAUGGUAAAACUUCGCACUAAGAACUCGAGCGGCGACAUUUUCCAGUUUCGGAGUCGUUCGAUUCCUGCAGGAGCGGAGGAUCAAGCGAUUGCAGCGGCAGCAACAAGAGAUCGGUUGAUGCGCAGUUCAUCUCAACAGCAGGGCAUUAUUCCUGUUGCUGCAGCCGUGGCACCGAAGAUUGCCCGCGGUAUCACUACGGGCAGCGCUGAAGCUGUGAUCAAGGCAAACGCCACGAGUAAUAGUGUCGGUGGAUUCGACGAAAUUAUCCAGGAUACGCUGCAGCGCGCAAGGCUCAUGGCUGCCUCCCGGAAGAGUGCUCGUAUCAGCUAUGACAACGUGGAGCCGCUGUCGGGAUUCUCGGCGCAGGAGCUAGCUGACCAGCUCACGCUUAUGGAGGCGGACCAAUACUUCUCGAAGUUGAACCCGCGCGAGCUAACGAACAAGGCUUGGACGCGUGAAAACAAGCACCGCGAGGCUCCACAUGUGAUGGCGUUGAUCGAGCUGUUUGAUGCUACAGCAGAGUGGGUUUCCAGCGAGAUUCUGCAUCCGCAGUUGCAAGCCGUUGAGCGUGCGAAGAUGAUCACUCUUUUCAUCGAUGCCGCGGACAACUGCUACCAGAUGAACAACUUCAACACAUUGUUCGAGAUCACUACCGGUCUGUCAGCUCCCUGUAUCCGGCAGCUGAACACGACAUGGAGUCUGGUUAGUGCCGCGGCGCAGGAAAAAUACCAGUGCCUCCAGCAAGUGUGCUCACCGGAUGAUAACUACCGCAGCUAUCGCCAAGCCUUUGCGUUAGCAGAAGGACAACCGCGACUUGCCUGCUGGUUUAUCUUGGUCAAGGAUCUGUUCACCUACGAGGAAGCCAUGAAGUCCAUGGAAGACGGACUGGUGAACUGGCAGAAGUUCCGAAAGAUCUACCGUGUCAUCAGCGAGGCGCUAGACCGACAGAAUUUCAACUACGUGCCUCCUAGUUCCAGCGGCGCCGGCUCCACUGGUGCUAGUUCCAACAACACGGGAGGGGUAUCGAGGAAAGGCCGCGGCAUCUUGAGGCACGACAGGAAGACGCAGAUUCAUAUCCGGCAUCGGAUUGACACGAUCCGGAAAGACAGCUCCGUGCUGUAUCAGCUGGCCCGCAAUGCCAACACGCAAGAGAGCAUUCUGUUUGUGAACAGUCUAUCGGAGGCAGGCUUCCUGUAA